AUGCAGGCUAAAAAACGUUUCAUUCUUCUUUCAAUAACAUUUGGUGUUUUAGUGUACUGUUAUUUUACUACGUUUCAUUUGAAAUCAGAACACACCCAAAGCAGUCGACAAAGUGUAUUACCCAGUUUCGCGUCUUUCGAAGAAUUAUCAGAACUGCCGACUCAACCCUAUAGAAAGUUAACUAUAGAAAAGAUUCCUUGUAGAAUGGAAACGUGCUUCGACUUUUCCAAAUGUGGCAAAGAUCCAAAGAUUUAUGUUUAUCCAAGUGAUGGUCCAGUAAGUGCAUCGUAUCGUAAGGUAUUGUCGGUGAUUAGAGAGUCACGAUAUGCUACAAGGGAUCCGAAUGAAGCCUGUCUAUUUGUUCCUGCCAUAGACACGUUAGAUGCUGAUCCUCUGUCACCAGAACAUGCUGCUGAUGUUGCAUCACGACUAACACAUCUACCCUAUUGGAACAAUGGACGGAAUCACCUCAUUUUUAAUUUGUAUGCUGGAACUUGGCCUGAUUAUGCUGAAAGUGCUCUGGGCUUUAACCCAGGAGAGGCAAUUUUAGCCAGAGCUAGUGCUUCAGAGUCUUUCUUUAGGGAUGAAUUUGACAUCUCAUUGCCUUUGUUUCACAAGGAACAUCCAGAACGAGGGGGUGUUCCACCUGCUGCUACUGGUAAUCCGUUCCCUGCACCAAGACGUCAUUUGUUAGCAUUCAAAGGCAAGAGAUAUGUUCAUGGUAUUGGUAGUGAAACUAGAAAUUCAUUAUGGCAUUUACAUGAUGGCAGUCAUUUAAUACUAGUCACAACAUGUCGUCAUGGAAAGUCAUGGAAAGAUUUACGCGAUGAAAGAUGUGAUGAAGACAACAGAGAAUAUGAUAAAUUUGAUUAUGAGCAACUAUUAGCCAACUCGACAUUUUGCCUCGUGGCACGAGGACGACGUUUGGGCUCAUAUCGUUUCCUUGAAGCAUUGGCCGCAGGAUGUAUACCAGUACUAUUAAGUAAUGGUUGGCGAUUACCAUUUGAUGAACGUAUUGAUUGGCGCCGCGCUGUUAUUUGGGCAGAUGAACGCCUCUUAUUGCAGGUGCCCGAGUUAGUGCGCUCAGUUCCUCCUGAGCGUAUUCUUGCUCUCCGGCAACAAACACAGUUUUUAUGGGAGCAAUAUUUUUCGUCAAUAGAAAAAAUUGUAUUUACGACGAUAGAGAUUUUACUAGAGCGUGUACUAGAACACAGAUUGUCAAAGCAACGUGAAGCUUUAAUUUGGAAUGCAUCUCCUGGUGCCCUAGGAACUUUAGCAACUUAUGGUGACUCCCGAGUUCAUUUUCCUAUUUCAGCCCCUAUUCUUCAAGCCCCUACUUGUCCGUCUAGUCCUUUGUCUCCACUCCCAGCCCCUUUGGUACCUCUGGCAGCACCACCACCUACACCAGGCAAUACUUAUACAGCUUUAUUAUAUGUUCAAGCUACAUCACCGGCGUUACAUAAAUUACUUGCCAAUAUAGCAAGCAGUGAAUAUUGUGAAAAGGUCGUUUUGGUGUGGGAUAGCGAACGUGCGGCGCCUUCGCUAAAGUCGCUAUCACGCUUAGCAGGCGACACGCGCGAUGCGCUACCCGUACUCGUUGUUGACGCCACCACCCACUACCCUGGGGAAGGUGUUUCGGCUAGGUGGCAACCAUUGUGGGCGGUCCCCACAGCUGGUGUAUUUUCUCUAGACGGUGAUGCUCCUCUUUUGGCUGAAGAACUUGACUUUGCUUUUCGUGUUUGGAAACAUUUUCCUGAGCGAAUAGUCGGCUACCCGGCUCGAACUCAUUUUUGGGACGAAGCAAAGGGAGCUUGGGGUUACAGCAGUAAGUGGGGUGAUUCAUAUUCAAUGGUGUUGCCGGGCGCGGCUCUAGUGCAUCGCUCGGUCCUGGCCCAGUACGCGGCCGCCGCCCCAGCGCUGCGGCAGGCCGUGCGCCGGACGCGCAAUUGCGAGGAUAUAUUAUUGAAUUGUCUUGCCUCACAUCUCACCCGACGGCCGCCACUCAAAUUAGCUCAACGGCGUCGGUAUAAAGCUACACAUCAUAAAUAUAAGUCUUCUUGGAGCGACCCCGAGCACUUCGUGCAAAGGCAAUCCUGUCUCAAUACAUUCGCUACUGCCUGGGGUUACAUGCCACUGAUGCGGUCCGUAUUGAGAUUAGAUCCGAUACUGUUUAAAGAUCCUGUAUCGACACUUCGGAAAAAAUAUAGAAAAAUGGAGCUAGUAACUUCUUAA